UCGUAUUGUUUUAUUGUUUUUCCAGGCGAAUCGUAGCAUAUUGUUGGAGGAAGACAAAGUGAAAGCGGAGACGGAACGCGCGAAGGCGCCGGUGGAUUUCACGACGUUGCAGCAUCACAAUUUAAUGUACGAGAAGGGCCAUUAUUUGAAAGCUAUAAAAGCUUGCAAGGAUUUCAAAUCUAAGUAUCCUGAUAUCGAGCUUGUACCGGAGGAGGAGUUUUUUCGCGACGGGCCUGAAGAAAUUAAGGUUUCUAAUUUGUCUGAUGAUAGCUCGCAUAAUUUGAUGCUCAAAAGGCUCAAUUAUGAACUCUUUCAGCGGAAAGAGUUAUGCAAACUUCUAGAAAAAUUGGAACAACGGAAGAAAAGUCUUUUGGAGACGAUAGCAAAUCGAAAGAAGUUUCUGUCGAGCCUGCCUUCGCACCUCAAGUCCCUAAAGAAAGCAUCAUUGCCGGUACAGAAUCAAUUAGGUGUUUUGCAUACAAAGAAACUGAAGCAACAUCAUUCCGCUGAACUGCUUCCACCUCCACUUUACGUGAUUUACUCACAGUUCACGGCCCAGAAGGAAGCAUUUGGAGAGGAUAUCGAUCUGGAGAUCAUAGGAAGUAUGAAGGAUGCUCAAGCUUUCGCUCGCCAGCAAGCAAAUAAGGACAAUGGUAUAUCUGCCAGUGUAGAGAGCUCAAGGCUGGAGGAUGAUGCACCUGAUGAGGAAGAUGAUGGCCAGAGAAGGAGAAAGCGGCCAAAGAGGGUUCCCAGCAAGGAGGCUAUUGACCAGGCAGGAAUCUAUCAAGUUCAUCCUCUGAAAAUUAUCCUUCACAUACACGAUGAUGAAGCAUCUGAUCCUAGAUCUGCAAAACUGAUCACUUUGAAGUUUGAAUACUUGUUAAAGUUAAAUGUUGUAUGUGUUGGAAUUGAAGGAUCAACUGAAGGACCUGAGUAUAAUAUCCUUUGCAAUUUAUUUCCUGAUGACACUGGCCUUGAUCUGCCUCACCAGUCGGCUAAGCUCUUUGUUGGUGAUGCUGCUACAUUUGAUGAAAGGAGAACUUCACGUCCAUAUAAGUGGGCCCAGCAUUUGGCAGGAAUUGAUUUCUUACCAGAGGUUUCACCAUUGCUUAAUAGCCAUGAAACUUCAAACAACGAAACCAAAAGUGAUGCUGUUAUUUCUGGUCUUGCAUUGUAUCGCCAGCAGAACCGAGUACAGACAGUCGUGCAAAGAAUCCGCUCACGGAAAAAAGCUGAGCUGGCUCUUGUGGAACAGCUUGAUUCACUUAUGAAGCUUAAAUGGCCUUCUCUGAAUUGUAAAAGUGUCCCAUGGGCCUUGCAUACCCCUUUAUGCAGUUUACAUAGUUGGUCAUCUGUAGGACCCAAAGUUAAUGAGACUUCAUCUCAACCUGUUCCUGACACAGAACCAGUUCAAGAGCCUAUGGAUGUUGAUAUGGAUGGAAGAUCUGGUAUGUCAAAGGAAGAGCUGGAGGGUUUAAGAGAAGAUGGAGAGCUUCCAUCUUUGCUUUCAGCUCCAUCUGUCACAAAUGAUGCUAAACUUACCAUGUUAAAGGGAUCUAGUCUAAACCAUUCCAAGCAGUUGGCUUUAAUUUCAAAGAGCAUUUUGUCUCCAGUCAGUAAGGGGAAAUCACCAAGUUUCAAAAAACAUGAUGAUGAGUCUGACUUCAUGCUGGAGACUGACAGUGAUCUGGAUGAGCCUGCAGAGACAGAGACUGAAAACACUGCUUCUUCUCAAUGCUAUGAAAUAGCUGAAAAGUCAUGGGUGGACUAUGGUAUCAAGGAAUUUGUUCUCCUUUUGACAAGGAAGAUGGACACAAGUGGGCCGAAUAUGAAAUUAGAAGCCAAGGUUAAGAUCAGUAUGGAGUACCCUCUUAGGCCUCCUUUAUUUACAGUGAAUCUUUACUCUUCUCCUGGAGAAAAUUCUCUUGAGAAUGACUAUUUUCAGUGGCACAAUGAAAUAUGUGCUAUGGAAGCUGAGGUAAAUCUUCAUAUGUUAAAGAUGAUACCCGUGGAUCAAGAAAAUUACACCUUAACACAUCAAAUGUACUGUCUUGCUAUGUUGUUCGACUAUUACAUGGAUGAGGCAUCUCCUUCUUCUGAGAAGAGGAAGAGUAGUUCUGUGAUUGAUGUUGGCUUGUGUAAACCUGUUAGUGGUAGGCUUCUUGCAAGAUCAUUCAGAGGUAGGGAUCGUAGGAAAAUGAUAUCCUGGAAGGACAUGGAGUGCACUACUGGCUAUCCUUUCUAGAAUAUAAAGUAUUUGCUCUGAAAGUAAUGAUAGUAUUGGUGCUGCUGGGCCGCUAGCUUGCUAGAUGAGGUUCAGAGGAAGUAACUCGAAGAUGACUCUUUAACCAAAGAAAGGAUUUAGGGAUGACCUUUUUGCUUCUGCUGCAAAAUAUUGUGUUUCCUCCCAAGCUUCAGGUGCAUAUACAGUUUAUGCUGUAU